AUGCCAAGGCCUCCACUCAAAAUCAGGCUAGCCAGAUUCGGCAGAAGACACCAACCUUUGUACAAUAUCGUCGUGGCCCAAGCCAGAACCGCCAGAGACUCUGUACCCAUGGAAGUCAUCGGCACAUACAACCCAGUGCCAAUCCCACUCACGCCAGAAGAGCAGGCCAAGGGCGUGAAGCCAUAUAAGCAUAUCGAGUUGGACUUUGACAGAUCGAAGUACUGGUUGGGUGUGGGAGCUGAGGUGACAGACCGUGUGAGCUUCCUUUUCAAGAGAGCUGGUUUACUUCCAGAGAACUGGCCCAAGCCAGCCAAGCUCAGCCAGCACAUCCCAAAGCCAGUUGUCGAGGACAUUCACACCGAGAGAGAAGAGCCAAAGCUGCUUUUCAGACAAAGAGAUUGA